CGAGAAGCUUGCAGAGGAGCUGGAGCAGAAGGCGGCCGAGAAUGAAAGGCUCGCAGAAGAGCUCGAACAAAAGGCGGCCGAGAAUGAGAAGCUUGCAGAGGAGCUGGAGCAGAAGGCGGCCGAGAAUGAAAGGCUCGCAGAAGAGCUCGAACAAAAGGCUGCCGAGAACGAGAAGCUUGCAGAUGGUAAUAAAACGUUGCUUGAGGAGUUGGAACGGGGCUCGUUGGAGAGGGAAAGUGUUUUAUCUGAUAUGAAGUCAAGGGAGUUGGCGUUUGAUGGGUUGCAGUCAAAGUCACGUGCGUUGGAGGAGGCUUUUGCAAAUUUGUGUGCUGAAAGGGAUCAUGCAGUUGAGGCACUGGAGAGAGAAUUGACUGAUAUUUUGGUGCAACUAAAGGGUGUUGAUGGAGUGAACUCUGCGUUGAAUUUCCUGUUGGCUGACAAGGAAAAGGAACUUGUGUUUUUGAGGGAUCAUUGUGAAUUGUGGACAGACCCUACUGAGGUGAAGCAGAAGGUUGUUACGCGACAUGUGAAGGUCCUAGAUGGUGACGGGUGGGGAAAGUUAUUGCGUGAGAGGCCAGAGGCACUUAUGGCGGCAUUCGUCAUUGAUGCUGGUAAUGCGUGUCAUGUGCCUGGGGAUCAGAUUUCGGAGGUCUCGUUCUUUACUGAACGUUAG